UAAAAUAUUUUUUAUUAUUUUCACUGCUAUAUUUACAACUAAUGCCAAAAUUUUUGAUAAUUUGCAAUGUAUAGAAAAAUUUCAAGAUGCCAAUUUAACAGAUAUUCAAAAAAGGAAUGUUAUAAUAACUAAUACUGCACCGUUCAGAUACGUACCAGCUAUAAAACGAAAUCGUUUAGAUUUUUGGGUAAAAGCUGAAUCUGAUGCACAUAUUUCUUUAAGUAAUGCUCCACAAUUAUUAGUUCCUAAAGUUCUUAUUAUAAUAGGUGGAUGGAAAAAUACGGCAAGUACAAUUCGUAUUAAUGAUGUCGAUGUUAUAAAAACUAAUACUCCUGGUAUAUUAGAUAAAAAUCAAUAUCAUGGUUUUUGGAUUAAAUGGACACAAGAUGGUCAUAUUUCAGUUGGUAAAACAAAUGAAAAUACACCAUUUCUAGUAUAUAAUCAUACUGAACGUUUAUUUCCAAUAAACUUCAUUGGAAUGACUUGUAUAUUUAAUCAUAUAACAGGAUAUUGGUUUAUCAAUGAAGAGUUUAAUAUUGAAUCAACAGAAAAUAAUAUUGAUGUUAGAACUGAUAAAAAUUUUGGAUGUUUAGACAAAAUUCAAGAAAUUGAUUUGUCCGAUAUUGAUUUACAAACACAAACUUAUAAUAUAAUAACUAAUAGUGCACCAUACAGGUAUAUACCGGCUUUAAAAAAAAAUCGAUUAGAUUUUUCAGUAAAAGCUAUAUCGGAUGCACAUAUUUCUUUAAGUAAUGCCGCACAAUUAAUGGUUCCUAAAAUUAUAAUCAUAAUUGGAGGAUGGUCAAAUUCAGCAAGUACAAUUCGAAUCAAUGACAUCGAUGUAAUUAAAAAUAAUACACCAGGUAUAUUGGAUAAAGAUGAAUUUCGUGGUUUUUGGAUUAAAUGGUCUCAAGAUCGCAAUAUUUUAGUUGGUAAAAGAAAUGAAGAUAUACCAUUUUUAGUUUAUAGACAUACGGAACGAUUAUUUCCAAUAAAUUUCAUUGGAGUUAGUUGUUUAUUUAAUCAUAUUACAGGACAUUGGAUUAUUAAUGAUGUAUAACAUAUUAAAUUGAAUUUAAAUCAAAUUAAUUCGAGAAGGUGGCAUUAAAAUAUAAUAUUCUUACAUUCAAGAAA